AAGGUCUACAUAUAUAUAGUGGAGCUGAGCCCGCACAUUAAAUUCACUCAUCAUCAUCAGGUCAAUAUACCAGGACGAGGCGGCUGUACAGAGGGCGUGUAGGAUAUUUACAGUAAACUACUCGUGACCCCUGACCCCAGAGAUGGACCCGCGUGCUCAGGACGUUCUACUGUGUGACCUCUGUGAAACUGACCCCCUACAGUAUUGCUGUGAACAUUGCGAUAUCAAUCUUUGUACUGACUGUGUCAGUAAACAUCUCUCAGAUUCCUCUAAAAAACACAAAAUCGCACCCUAUCAUUUACACAGAAAGUUUACUCCCAAAUACUCAAAAUGUCUGAAACACGUCGAAAAAGAUUGCGAAAUGUACUGUGAGAGCUGUCACAUUCCUGUGUGUUCUACCUGCAUCUCCUCAGGUAAACACAAAGGUCACGAUAUAUCAGAUAUUCUGGAAAAACUCGGCUCUAAAAAACAACGCAUACAAAAAGAUUUAGAAGAACUCGAGAAGAAGAUUUACCCCCGAUAUACGGACAUUUCCUCCGCUGUCCAAACUGAGAAAGCCGAAGUAGAAACAAAUUACGGAAAACUGGCCACAAUUGCUGACCAACAAGGAGAAGUCUGGCAUCGCGAGGUCACCGCCAUUGUCAACAAACGGAAAGCAGACAUUGUAGAGAUAAAAACUAAGCAUCUCUCUCUAUUAGAUAAACACGCGGAUGAAAUCACACACAGAAUGACUGAAAUCAACCAGGUCAUUCUAGAAAUGAAAAACAUCCUGGACACCAAUGACAUCUCCUUAACAUCAACUUACAAAUCUAGAAAUAAUGAAUUCAAUAAACUGCCUCCUACAAUCAAAGUUACAUUACCAAGCUUAUCUACUCCAACAAUUAACACAGAAACACUUAAUGAGAUGUUUGGUUCCUUAACCUCACUCUCCGUUACAACAAUCAAAGUACUGCUUGAUGAGCCGCGCGUCACCGACACCAUAGACACUGGGUAUUACAGACUAUACAGUGUUAGCUGUCUGAGUGAAGAUCAAGUCUGGACACGCGGGUAUAACAAAACCAUGAAGCUACUCAACCUCCGGAGUAAACUACUGACAUCAAUACAAACCAAGUCAGGGAACGCACCGCGGGACAUAGUAGUGACACAGGACGGAGAUCUUGUUUAUACUGACUAUUAUGAUCAAACUAUAAACUUAAUUAAGAAUAAACAGAUACAUACCGUGAUCACACUACAGGGGUGGAGACCUCAUUCUGUCUGCUGUACCGCGGCAAACCAACUCCUGGUUAUCAUGGACAGUGAUGAUCUCAAACAAUCCAAAGUCGUGCGUUACUCCGGCUCCACACAGAAACAAAGCAUUCAGUUUGAUGAUCAGGGUCGUCUUCUCUAUUCAUCUGGUGGUGACAUCAGUGAGAACAGGAACCUGGAUAUCUGUGUGGCUGACUGUGUAGCUAGAGCAGUAGUGGUGGUCAAUCAGUCAGGAAAACUCCGAUUUAGAUACACUGGUCAUCCCUCUAAUACCGAGCAAUCAUUUUAUCCAGACGGCAUCACUACAGACAGCCAGAGUCACAUCCUGACAGCAGACUAUAACAAUCAGCGUAUCCACAUCCUAGAUCAGGACGGACAGUUCCUCCGUUACAUUCACUGUGGUUUACUCGGUCCAUACGGUUUAUGUGUGGACACCAGAGACAACCUCUUUGUGGCUGAGCGUGACACUGCUAAAGUGAAGAAAAUCCAAUAUCUAUAAACACAGCGUUAAUUACACAUCACUACACAGUGUUAAUUACACAUCUCUAAACUGUGUUAAUUACAUCUAUCAACACAGUGUCAAUUACAUCUACCAACACAGUGUUGAUUACACAGCUCUACACAGUGUUAAUUACACAGCUCUACACAGUGUUAAUUACAUCUACCAACACAGUGUUAAUUACACAGCUCUACACAGUGUUAACUACAUCUACCAACACAGUGUUAAUUACAUAUCUCCAGUGUUAAUUACACAUAUACAAGGUUAUGUGUUGAUUAAUGUGCAGGAUUGGACAAUGGUCGUUUCUACGAUAAACGUGCCGGAUUGGACCUCGAGUUUGGUUCAGGAUUGGACCCUUUCUUAAAUGCAUGCAUUUUAUUUCUUACAGAUCCAGUCAGGAGCGGACUUCCUUAAGCUUAAAAGUUGCAAGUGAAUGAAGUGUGUUCUAUUUUAUGUCUCCUACUAAAACCAUGGUUUUGACAAACCUAAAAGAGCACGUGGAGCAAGGAACUAUCAGUAACCCGGAAGAGCCAGCUCGAAAAUCUUAAAAGUGUUUGAGAAUUUCACCGCGCAUAUGAAUCUAAAGUUCUGCCACACGUUAGAAGGAGCCUUGUUCUCGAAGAUCAACAUGUUGAAAAAUCUUCAUUUUGCAGAAUCAAAUACAUUUAUAUUGUAUAUACACAUGUAGACCAUGUUCGAUUCCCAACCACUUAACAUUUGUGAUAUCUGCAUGGAUUUUUUAAAACUAAGCAUGGUUUGAGGUAUAAUAAUUUCUUCAGGCAUGAUGGUUUACAUUUCACAAAGCUGUUCAAUGACAAUAAAGACAAUAAGAUGUUGAGGUGUUCAUGUUUUCAAUACUUAACCAUCUGUCCACAUGCACUUGUGCCUUUCAUAUGUAUGCUUCUGCUGAAACCAGUUUUGAUUGUUAAAGCGGGAUUUAUUAUCUUUUGAAAACUUUCCCUAUUAUUUUAAUUCUAAUAAUCUUGAGUGCAUAUGUCGUGCAAGAUAUCGAGGCCAACUCAUUUAUAAGGAUAAUUACUUACGGUAAAGGUGUUUGUUGGAAUGUAGUAAAUAUCAGCAUUUUUUUUUUUAAAUUUUCGUUUCUUGUAAUUACAUUGAAUUCAACCUUAUAGUGUAUAUUACUGAUGAAAGAAAAUAAAUCACAUCUACUAGAUAUACAUGAAAAAGCAUCUAGUAGACUAAACAUUUUGCGUAUGCUGAAAUAUACUCUAAAUCGUCAAUCAUUGAUAAAAAUAUAUUUUUCUUUUAUACAUCCAGUUCUUUAAUAUAGUGAUUUAGUGUGGGACAAUUGUACUGAAAGAGAAGCCAAUUUGCUAGAAAAUAUGCAGGUUUCUGCAGCACGAAUUAUUACGGGAAUGAGAGUAAAUUCUUCCAGAUCAGCACUUUAUGAUCAAUUAGGGUGGGACACGUUAUCAACCAGAAGAAAAGUUCAUAAACUUCUUUUAUUUUACAAAAUAGCUCAUGGAAUUGCUCCCCACUAUCUUCAAGAACUUUUGUUACCUUACUUUCCUUCACAAAAUUUACAUAAUCUAAGAAACUAUGACAACCUAAGGUUUAUUUUACCUUAAGGUAGGACAUCAUCAUACAUGAACAGUUACCUACCUUCAACAAUCAAACUUUGGAACGAAUUACCUACUCACAUUAGACAACUCCCCACUCUUGUGUCGUUUAAAACUGGUAUUAAAAACAUGUGUUAUAGAAAACCAAAUAAAUUGUUUAAUUUAGGUAAACGUCGACUAAAUAUUGUUCAUUGUCAAUUAAGAAAUAAUGCUAGUAACCUAAACUUUGACUUACAUUGUCAUUUUCUUCGAGAUAAUACUACUUGUGGUAUGUGUGUUAUCAUACUGAGAAUGCAUUUCAUUUCUUCUUUGAAUGUGUCCAGUUCUCAGAACUAAGACUUAAUUUAUUUGAAUCUAUAGAUGCAAUGCAGCUGCAUGUUCCUAUAUCCUUAUAAUUAUUACUCUGUGGAAAUGAAACUCUUAAUUUCAACGAUAAUGCAAAGAUCUUCAAAUUUGUUCAAAAUUACAUCUUUCAAAGCAAAAGACUUUAACAAUACAUUUAAAAUAUGUAUUUGCAAUGCAUUUAUCUAUUCUCUUACUAGUAUAUGUAUUAUGUAUUUAGCUUUGAACGGUAACCCCCCCCCCCUUUUUAUGUUUACUUGUUAUCAAAGUUCUUCUUAUUUUCUAUUAACCAUCUACCUUAUUUUUGGCAUUUUUCUGUUUUUGUUUGUUUACUAUACAUCUACAAUACACAUUUCCCAUGUUAUCAUGACAUGCUAUGUGAUACAUGAUACAUGUAUUCUAUCUUCAUCCUUUUGAAUUAUGUAUUGAUUUUUAUAUUGUCAAUAUUUAUCAUACAUAUUGUAUAUAUACUCAUGUUCAUCAUUAUACAUACAUGUAAUCACCUUGUACCGUAUUGGAGAAGGUCUAUAUAGGCUACAAGCCUGCUGUCAAAUCCAUUUAUGUUUCAUACAUAAUAAAAUAUUGUUUAAAUUAAAUUAAAGAAAAUAAAAAGGAUAUUUUCUAAGAAAUUCGCAAUAUCACUCCUGUAGCUGAAAUAUGAACCUAAAUGAAAAGCAGUUUUGUCCAUGGUGUUUUUUCUUCUUCAAUAUUUGCUGCUCAGAUGAGAGGUUACUCUUCAAUACAAUUUUUUCACUAGUUGUUAUCAGUUCAAUACAAACAUAAUAACAUUGAAAUGCAUUUAAUAACAAGUAAAACUUAAGAACACUUCGGAUUCAAUGAAAUGACAAGUCAACAUGUGUAAAAUGCAAUGUAAAAGAUUAGUAGUAUCUCUGUAAAACAAAGGAUAAUACCGUAAAAAUAAUCGUUUCAUAAUGUGCAUAAACGGGUAUGCAUUUCGUGUAUUCAGAAAACAAUGCAUUUUGUUUUUA